UGUCACUCAAGGGGCUGGCCAGGCCCCGGGAAGCCAUGGCCGCAGGGCUGAUCUGGACGCUGCUUCUUAUGGGCCUCCUGGCCAGCCUGGCGGGCACCCAGACCCAGCAGCUCACUCUGCACCCGACGGUGGGCCGCCUCUUUGUGCACACCCUGGACCACGCCACCUUCCUGCGCCUUCCUGAGCAAGUCGCAGUGCCACCCUCCGUCCGCAUCACCUACCACGCCCACCUCCAGGGACACCCAGACCUGCCCCGUUGGCUCCGCUACAGCCAGCGCAGCCCACGCCAGCCUGGCUUCCUCUAUGGCACCGCCAGCCCAGAGGAUCGCGGCCGGCAGGUCAUUGAGGUGGUAGCCUAUAAUCGGGAGAGCUUCGAGACCACCCAGCAGAGACUGGUGCUGCUGAUUGAGAUCUCGGAAGGCCCCCCACUGCCGUACCAGGCGGAGUUCCUGGUGCAGAGCCACGACGUGGAGGAGGUGCUGCCCUCAGCGCCCGCCACCCUCUUCCUCACGGCCCUGGGGGGCCUCUGGGAGCCAGGCGAGCUCCAGCUUCUCAACAUCACCUCGGCCUUGGACCGUGGGGGCCGCGUACCCCUGCCCAUCGAAGGCCGGAAGGAAGGGGUGUACAUCAAGGUGGGCUCUGCCUCCCCUUUCUCCACCUGCCUGAAGAUGGUGGCGUUCCCCGACAGCCGGGCCCGCUGCGCCCAGGGCCAGCCUCCACUUCUGUCCUGCUACGACACCUUGGCACCCCACUUCCGUGUUGCCUGGUGCAAUGUGACCUUGGUGGACAAGUCAGUGCCAGAGCCCGCCGGCGAGAUGCCCACCCCAGGCGACGGGAUCCUGGAGCACGAUCCGUUCUUCUGCCCACCCACGGAGGCCACAGGCCGCGACUUCCUAACGGAUGCCCUGGUCACCCUUCUGGUACCCCUGCUGGUGGCCCUGCUGCUCACGCUGCUGCUGGCCUAUAUCAUGUGCUGCCGGCGGGAGGGACGGCUGAAGAGAGAUCUGGCUUCCUCUGACAUCCAGAUGGUUCACCAUGGUACCAUCCGAGAGAACACGGAGGAGCUGCGGCAGAUGGCAGCCAGCCGAGAAGUGCCCCGGCCACUCUCCACCCUGCCUAUGUUCAACGUGCGCACGGGCGAGCGGCUGCCUCCCCGUGUGGACAGCGCCCAGGUGCCCCUCAUCCUGGACCAGCACUGAGGGGCCAGUCAGCUCAGGCCUCAAUUUGCCUUCUGGUCCCACACAGAGAGUGGCCAUGUCACCUGGGACCUGUGGACCCUAGCUCCUGGCUCACGACCCAGGCUGACAACCUGCAAAGAUGGGGGCAUGGGGGGCUGUCUGGGGCCAGGACCAUGGAAUAAAUGCAUCUGCUCUGA